ACAAUUUUACAUCAUCAUAAUCUGAUAUAAGGUUGAUACGAAGUGUCUAGUAAACUGAAGAUAGAAGGGGAAAGUGCGAAAACGGCGAUGGCCAAGGGAAAAAUGUGUGUGACUGGUGGUGGAGGCUACCUUGGCUCCUGGGUUCUCAAGCUUCUCCUCUCCAACGACUAUGCUGUCCACGCCACCGUAAGACUACCUGGGGAUGCCAAAUAUGCCCAUUUGAAUCAACUCGAGAAAGCAUCCGACAACCUCAAACUCUUCAAGGCAGAUUUACUAGAUUAUGAUUCUCUUUGUUCCGCAAUUGAAGGCUGCACCGGUGUCUUCCAUGUUGCCUGUCCUGUACCCUCCACCACCGUUCCUAAUCCCCAGGUGGAAAUGAUCGAACCUGCUGUAAAGGGCACUCUUAAUGUGCUUAAAGCAUGUCUUGAAGCAAAUGUUAAACGCGUUGUCGUUGUGUCCUCUGCCAGUGCUGUUUCCUGGAACCCCAGGUGGCCCAAGGGUCAAAUCAAGGAUGAGGCUUGUUGGUCUGACAAGGAAUACUGCACAACAACGAAGAAUUGGUAUUUCUUUUCAAAAACAGAAGCAGAGAGUGAGGCUUUUGAGUUUGCAAAAAGGACUGGGCUUGAUGUUGUCACUGUUUGUCCUACCCUCGUAUUAGGGCCACUUCCGCAGCCCUCUGUGAAUGCUAGUAGCUUGGUCCUCAUUAAACUUUUAAAAGAGGGGUACGACGCGCUGGAAAACAAACAUCGGAGCAUAGUAGAUGUGCGUGAUGUAGCUCAAGCAUUGCAUUUGGUGUAUGAGAAGCCAGAGGCUGAAGGAAGGUACAUAUGCACAGCUCACUCGAUCAUGGCACGUGACCUUGUUGAUAAGUUGAGAAGUAUAUUUCCUAACUACAAUUAUCCUAAAAGCAGCUUCAUCAAGGUAGGGGAGGAAGAUAUGCUUAGUUCAGAAAAAUUACAGAAGCUAGGCUGGAGUUACCGGCCAUUGGAAGAAACUCUUGUGGAUUCCGUUGAGAGCUAUAGAAAGGCUGGAAUCUUGGAUUAAAAGGAAAUAGUUUUUUUGGUUGAUCCUUAUCGUUGUUGACUCUCUGGUUUCCUUCAGAUUAUAUCCGGAUUAAUAAAUAUGAUGUUUGCCUUGCA